GUUCCAACAUUAGGUAAUUAACGCGAUAACUAACGUGACCUACAUUUAACAGAAUGACCGACUUAGCUCCUAAUCAUUGCAUUUUAAAAUUUAUCGCGAAUGUAGGUUAGCUGUACGCUUAUUUUGAGUGAAAGAAAACUCUAUGUAAACGAUCUCAGUUUGAAACGUAUUGUUAACCUAAAUACUGACGGUAUAUAAACUGUGUUUUUAAGACGUUAAGUUUCCUUGCACAAUUAAUAUUGGAUUUGAUUCGCGAUUAUAGAGACACUAAAACGCUCGCCGGGACCGUAUUUUUCUUUUUAUAUUGUGUUGUCAAUUUGGAAUAGUACAAGGACUGGUGCACUAACAAAUCAACAUGAUGUACAUCGGUCAGCUAUUGAUACCAGCAGACUGGACAGUGUUAGCACUGCUUGCUUUGGUCAGUAUAUUGACUGUCGUUUACGUCACUUCCGCUUCAUCGUCUCGCAAGCUACCCCCAGGACCAAAGCCCUGGCCGAUAGUUGGCAACCUACCUUACAUACGUCGUCAAAACAAACCCAUGUUCGAGGUGAUGCUUACGUUACGCCAACAGUAUGGUGACGUUGUGAGGUUGAAACUCGGUCCAAGCCUUAAUUUUAUCUUCAUCAUGGGAAAAGAUAACGUUUACAAGGCGGCCGUGGAUAUGAAAGACAAAUUUAAAUUCAGACCAAAUAAUUUCUUUGCCACUAACUACAUAUUUCAAAAUAAAGGUAUACUUUCGGCAAACGGCGCCGAACACACUGCUCUCCGGAAGUUGAUUCUUGUGACGAUGAGAGACUUUGGAGUUGGCCGAAAGUCACUGGAGGAAUGUAUACAGGAAGAGGCUAGGCUGUUGUGUGAUCUUAUAGAGAGCAAGAAGGGUCAGCCAACGUAUUACCUAGACAACUUUAAGAUGGGUGUGUCCAAUAUCGUCGCUGGUAUUGUGUACGGAAACAGGUUUGAAUAUGGGGACCCUACGUUUCUAAGGAUAUUAGGCAAUAUCGGCACAUUUUUUAAAACCCUGAGCAUAUUUCUUCCUGAGAACUACUUCCCGCUUCUACGUUUCCUACCCGGAUCAAAGUUAAUGGCGCUGUUCAACGUGUACAAAGAUCUGGAAGCAUACGCGAAGUCCAGAAUUGACGAACAUCGGCCGACUUUUGACCCAGAUAAUUUGAGAGACUUUGUCGACAUUUAUCUGAAAGCAGAACAAGAAGGGGACAAAACUCUAACGGCGGAACACAUGUACCGUGUAAUCGUGGAUCUAUUUAAUGCGGGCACAGACACAACAGCAACUGCAAUGACUUGGGCAGUCCUUUUCCUCAUGAAUAAUCCUAAAAUACAGCAGAGGUGUCGGGAAGAAAUACUUAAGGAAGUGGGUGAAGACAGGCAGGUCCAACUAUCAGAUAAGGAGAAACUGCCCUACCUUCAAGCAUUCAUUAAUGAAGUGCUUCGAUUAGGUUCUGUUACCCCACAUAGCGCACCAUACAGCAACAUGGAAGAUGUCGAGUUUGAAGGUUACAUUAUACCAAAAAACUCUUUAGUGUUUUAUGGCCUUAUUACCCUCCUCACGGACAAGUCCACCUGGCACGACCCGGAAGUGUUUAGACCAGAACGUUUCCUUGACGACAAAGGCCAACUGAGGAACGAAAAAGAACAGAAGGAACACUUUACACCAUUUAGUCUAGGAGCUCGUGCAUGCCUUGGCAAGCAUCUGGCACGCAUGGAAGUGUUCAUAUUCAUCGGAACGCUCAUCCAGAGGUUUCGAUUUUCAACACCUCCUGGUUGUACUGCUCCAUCCGAAGAUCGCGUGCAGACAGGGGUCACGUGUCAGCCACACCCAUUUGAAGUGUGUGCAACACCGGUAUAGCACCGACAUCAAUCUGGACAAAAUGUAGCUAAAGAAUAUUGUCUUUCUUAAAAUGGUGUUUUUCAAUCAUGGCCCUCUCCAAUACAAUACCCAUGUCGAAUUCGGUUUGGAAUGUCCAUGUUAAUUCCAUGAGCGGAUUCUUUUAACUUAAGAGGUGCAUACAAGUAUUGUAAGAACAAAGAGGUUCUUAACUGUGUUUUUAAACAAAUCAAAACUUAAUGAAACAUCUUCUUGUUUCAGCAUGUUGGCUUAUUAAAUAAAAAGAUCAAUAAGCUAUUUCUAAAGCAGGUGUCAUGAAUCUAGCCUAAGGGUAGUUUAUCUAUCAUUGCACACUUACUAUUUUUACAAGAAUUGCCGACCAACUCGGCCUGCAAUGGUUAUAAAUAUAAGAUGCAUACAAUUAUAUUGAUUUUAUUGUAGUCGUUUUUUGACGUCGCGUGGAAACACUACGACAGUUUAGGAUAGGUCUCAAUGUUGUACUAUGGAGGGUCACGUGAUUAUAAUUGGCCACCCAAAUUUAUUAUUGUAAAAUUAAAAUAUAAAAUAUGUUUGAUAAAAAAAACCCUUUAUAAACAAACAAUUGCACAAAAUGAUUAACGUAAAAGGAAACGUUUGUCUUAUACCGUUAUUACAAACCUCUUGGUUAACGAACCUAAGGACCCGAUUCAUCAAAGCUCAGGGAAAAACGUUUCGGGGGAUUUUUUCUUAUUUAAAAUAAUCGGAAUUAUAAUAAAUGGGUAAACUUGAAAAGUCAAUAACCAUUCAUUACAUAUACUACUAUCAAUGAUAUCAUGUAGAAACUGUACGUAAACCAAAAAUAUUACAUACGCUCACACGAUGACCCGUCAGCCAAUCAAAUCGCAGGAAUUUUAGUUAAGAUUCUUCCGGUUUGAGUUUACCCACAAGAAGACUUGUGGUCUAACGGGUCGGUGGAAUUACCGGAAAACCGAAAAAAAGGAAAACACUUUAAUGUUCAUAAGUAUAUACAAUAGAGUAUGCGAAGAGGAUUGAUGCGGCUGGGGUUCAUACUAUUUUGUGUUGGAGGGGUGUGUAACAUAUACCAACAUAUUAACAUUCUUACACAGUCGUAGGUGCUGAUAUUGUCAGUACAGUGAGCGAGCAGAGUCUGGUAUUAUUUAAAUUACAUGAUAAGUACAAUACUUCGUCUUAGUAACAACUUCUAAAGAUUUUUCCUAUCAAGCUAGAUUAAUUAUAACAUGUUAACCAACUACACGCCAAUGUACCAUGCUGUUAUUCCCAUGUAUAUAAUGCUACUUACAAAUUUGCUAUUGAAAUGUAAAUGAGUAUAAUUUAAGGAAUAUUCUUGAAAGAACUAACCAUUAUACAGUGGUAUGUCAACUAGCGGAACUGUGUGUAUGUGGAUUGCCCGUACAGAAGGGGGAAACUAGUUAAUUUUAUCACUGUGUUCAGUGCUCAAAUCCAUCUUACUUUUGUAAUUGUAUGCAUGAGUUUAAAAAAGAACAGCCUUUGUAAAUACUUCUUCCAUUAUUUGUACCUAUUUUAAACUAUAUGCUUUUACUUCCAGGUUACACGCUCAUUUUUAUGUUUGGAUAUGUUAUGUAUGUUUGUUAUUCAUGUCUUCUUUUAGUAAAAGUCCAUUAAGUUAUCAAUAAUUUAAUUCUUAGAUUUUUCUCACAUUGGAGUAAAAAUAAUAUUAUAAUUGUACACCACCCUAAAAUUGUCGAAGUGAUCUUUUCACUGGUCGACAUAUAGACCUUAACGGUCAAUGUCGUGGUAACCUUAUGAUUACCUUCAGCUUAAAAUCGGUUUCCGAUCUAUAUAUAAACAAUGCUUUAAUCCACAUACCUCAAACUUGGUAUCCUGAUUUAAUGCAUCGGCUUCCUUUUAGUCCUGCUCCAAAAAACAUUCGGUACGUCUUUGAUGCUUUGCAUCAAAAUUCAUCUUGUUUGUAGGCGGUAAAAGGAAAAAAAAAUGUUGACGGCCCUACGCGAGUUUCUCCCUUUAAUAUAAAAAUAGUAACAUUUUUCCUAUAACCUUAUGUUUUAUACAAUGUUUAAACUAUUGCAUGUUAUCUUUGAUAAUAAACAAUCUGAAUGGAAGAA